AUCUUCUGACUAUCAUGUUUGUUGUAUUGAAUGGCAUGCUGCUCUCGUAUUCCCACGACGCGUGUCCCUCAGCGACCAGAAGGCUGCGCCACACCAGGAAUGUCUACGCGCGUCUCGGUCGGGUCUAGGCUUGUCGCAUCCCCUGAGUGCGGGCUGACGUUCGCAACGCGCUUUUUUUGACAUCGGGCCAUUGCGAUGGGGUGAAACACGUUUUGGACAUCUGUACAUCUACGACAUCGAUCUUUGUCUGCUCCUCUAGCUACUAGACUGACAGAUGCUACGCAACCGACGCUAGCGACCAUGUCGUCUUCUUACCGGAAGCACAUGCCGCGUCCGGCACGCCUCCUCUUCAGCGUCCUGCUCAUAUACGGCUUCUUCUGGAUCAAGGGAUGGCCUCGCACAUACGACGACGAAGAACUCCCUCCGAGCAAGCGGCCGCAGCAAGAAUCGAACCUCGGCCCAUAUCUAGUCGACCAUGACCAGCUCGUCGUCGCCGUUACCACGACCGCGAACAACGUGUACAGCAAAGUCGCACCCCUCAUCCUCAAUACCGACGAGCGAGACCAUGGCACGUUCCUGCUCUUCUCAGACCUACAAACGGAGAUUGGGAGGUGGCCGGUAUUUGACGUCAUCUGGCGGUACGGAUCCGAAUUCAUAAAGAAGACGGAGCAGCUGGAGAGAUACCGUGCUCAGGUCGACUUCGCGCGGAGGAGCAUACCCCUGACCAACUUGAAGAAGCCGGACCCGGAGGAAGAAAGGAGAGACAUGGAAAUACUGCACAAGUACAAGAUCCUGGAGACUAUGGCAUCCGCGUGGGAGUACCGACCAGACCGCAGCUGGUACGUCUUCGCUGGCGACGAGACAUACAUCAACAGGCCAAACCUACUCGACUGGCUGAGCCAACACGACCCAGAUGCAAUGCAUUUCUUCGGAAAUCCGCCAGCGCCUGCAACGGCGCUUGUCCCCGACCCUUUCGCUGCCGGCGGCACAUCCUUUAUUCUCUCGCGGCAGGUCAUGCUGGAGUUGUUCAAGAACCGCAAAGAUUUCAUCCAAAUGCGGCGGGAGCACAUCUCAGAACAUUCAACAGCAUUCGAUCUCGUUUCCAGCGCUCUGCAGGCCGAACUCAAGCUUGAGUUUACUGUUGUUUGGCCAGGUAUCUCUGGCUUCGAUCCGAGCACCGUGCCAUUCUCGCCUGCUAUAUGGUGCGAGCCCGUCUUGAUGAUGCACCACAUCACCCCAGACCUCGGCAUCGAUCUGCUCAGACUUGAGAAGGACCGACCUUCCGACCAACCCACCCUACGCUUCGCUGACCUUUGGCACCGCUUCAUGACCCCAGAGGACCUGAAUUACACGCGUGAUGACUGGGACAACCUAUCCUCCGAGUCAUCCAACGGACGAUGGAACAUCCUCUUUGAAGGCCAACACCCCGAUGCCGACCGAGCUCAGAACGGGGAAGAGUCGCCAGAAGCAUGCCAGGCGUCCUGCGAAAACAGCAAAUACUGCGUCCAGUGGUCCUACUCGUCGAUACUCCAGUAUAACUGGAACGACAAUCCACCGACCAAGUGCCAUCUUAGCAGCAGUAUACGCUUCGGAACGCACAAAGGUCCACAGAAGCUGAAUAUUGACGGGGAAAUUAGCACGCUCACUUGGAAGAGUGGGUGGAAAAAGGACAAAUUCAAGAAAUGGGCGAAGCAGCAACGGUGUAAGGAGCAGCAUCAGUAGUUCGAAAGUAUUGUCAUUUUCAGCGUUUCAGCGAUAUUCAUAUUCAAAAAAAAAAAAAUGUCGACCAAACGUCGGGUUCCAGAUUCUUCUUA